CGCGUGAGUUCUGGAACGCAGCAUUGGCGGUUUCGUGCGUGGUUGCGUGACAGUGCUGCUGUGUUGGCUGUUCUCCCAUUGCUUCCUUACAAGAGUUGUGCGGACUACAAACAAUCUGAAAAUCAGCCGGCAGAAUGUCCAGCAUUAGCAGAAAGAAACCACCAGUGGAAUCUCUCCUCGAAAACCUGCGCACACUGAAAAGGAAACACAAGCAGAUCCUUCGCAAAAACAAGGCCCUGACAAAGAGCCAGGCUGCAUUGAAACAAAAGCUCACAGAGCAGUGCAAGGCACUGAAUCGUAAGCGCAAGAUCUUCAGCAUCCACUUUCCCAGGCUCAAGUCACAGAUCGAAGACAAUGUAAACGCCCUGCAUACGGUCACUCUGAAUGAAAUCAAAACAUCACUGGAGCUGCUGGGGCAGAGCCUGGAUCCAGAUGGCAGCCUCUCCCUCACUCCAGUGGAGCUUCCAGAGGGGAAGGACCUUUGGCCUCCAGGUUCCCAUCUUCAGACAAAUGCAUCAGUCAUCUACAAGGAGGAGGAAGAAGAACAACAACCUGAGAAAACUGAAGAGCUUCCUGUACACUCCGAAUGGCGGGCACUGGAUAAUGAUGUGCAGACCAGCACCCCCAUCUGUCCCCCAAAACCGUCUCGAAGGGGAAGAUCCGGAAGAAGCAUUGCACCCGGCACGUCUCCAUUCCGUUUGAGUUUGGGCAACCGGAGGAAUUCCAAGAGGAUCCAACAGACGACACCUGCAGAGCCACGUCCCUCCACGUCCUCACAAAAGUCAGACGUGCUUGGUAACCAAUCAGUCUGGUCGGUGACACCUUUAGACUUCGAGCAGCCACCUGCUCAUGAACAUCCUCAGGAUGCGCCUCAUGAAGAUCCUCAGGACACGCCUCGUGAUUCGUCUAAGGGCACACUGAAAAGGAAACACAAGCAGAGCCUUCGCAAAAACAAGGCCCUGACAAAGAGCCUGGCUGCAUCGAAACAAAAGCUUGCAGAGCAGUGCAAGGCAGUGAAUCGUGAGCACGAAAUCUUCAGCAUCCACUUUUCCAGGCUCAAGUCACGGAUCGAAGACAAUGUAAACGCCCUGCAGAAUGAAAUGAAAUCAUCACUGGAGCUGCUGGAGCAGAGCCUGGAUCCAGAUGGCAGCCUCUUCCUCACUCCAAUGGAGAUCACAGAAUUAGAGGAGCUUCCAGAGGGGAAGGACCUUUGGCCUCCAGGUUCCCAUCUUCAGACAAAUGCAUCAGUCAUCUACAAGGAGGAGGAAGAAGAACAACAACCUGAGAAAACUGAAGAGCUUCCUGUACACUCCGAAUGGUGGGCACUGGAUAAUGAAGUGCAGACCAGCACCCCCAUCUGUCCCCCGUCUCGAAGUGGAAGAUCCGGAAGAAGCAUUGCACCCGGCACGUCUCCAUUCCGUUUGAGUUCCAAGAGGAUCCAACAGACGACACCUGCAGAGCCACGUCCCUCCACGUCCUCACAAAAGUCAGACGUGCUUGGUAACCAAUCGGACAUUGAGCAGCCACCUGCUCAUGAACAUCCUCAGGAUGCGCCUCAUGAAGAUCCUCAGGACACGCCUCGUGAUUCGUCUAAGGGGCUGAAUUCCUUGGUGAGGCGGGCAAAAUGACGGGCAUCCAAGGCGGCCUCUUACAGGGAACCCAGCUUGAAAAAGAAGCUUCGGUGGCCCUGACCUGUUCCACAAGGAACGUCAAGGAACGUCAAUGUCAAGGAACGUGACACUCCGCAAGGGUCCGGAAGUCUCGGCCACGAGUUUGUUUGUUUUUAAGAUAUGAAAAAAAAGAAAGCGAAAAGAAAGAUGUCGCAUUGAACUCUAUGUAUAUUCUGUGGCUAGUUCCAUCUGAAAUACUCAUCUCAAAUACAUCUCUGUUUACUGGUA